AUGUCGCCUUCUAUUACUUCCGCAAAGACCUACAACAUCGCCUCUAUCCCGGCUGAUGGCAUCGGCCCAGAGGUUAUCGAAGCCGGUAUCACAGCUCUGAAUGCUUUGACGGAUACCCUCCGGACCUUCAAGCUGAACUUCAAGAACUACGAUUGGAGCUCAGAGACAUACAAGAAGACUGGAAAGUACAUUCCCGAUGGCGGACUUGAGGAGCUGAAGAAGCACGAUGCUAUCUUCUUCGGUGCUGUCGGAGCACCUGACGUCCCCGACCAUAUCUCCCUGUGGGGUCUCCGCCUGGCUAUUUGCCAGCCCCUUCAACAAUACGCCAACGUCCGCCCCACUAGAGUCUUCCGCGGUACCGAAUCGCCUCUCCGUAACUGCAAGGCCGGUGAUCUCGACUGGGUGAUUAUCCGCGAGAACAGCGAAGGCGAAUACGCUGGUCAAGGUGGCCGUUCUCACCAAGGCAAGACAUGGGAGGUUGCCACCGAGGUCUCUAUCUUCUCUCGUGUGGGUGUUGAGAGAAUAAUGCGCUUCGCCUUCGAGACCGCCCAGAAGCGUCCCCGUAAGCUUUUGACUAUUGUCACGAAGAGCAAUGCUCAGCGUAACGGCAUGGUCCUCUGGGAUGAGGUUGCCAAGCUGGUUGCUGCUGACUUCCCGGAUGUCACUGUCGACAAGAUGCUAGUUGAUGCCAUGACUACUCGUAUGGUGUUGAAGCCCGAGACUCUGGAUACCAUUGUGGCUACCAACUUGCACGCCGAUAUUCUUUCCGAUCUUGCUGCUUCUCUGGCUGGUUCUAUCGGAAUCGCCCCUACCUCUAACCUUGAUCCCACUCGCCAGUACCCCAGCAUGUUUGAGCCUAUUCACGGCUCUGCUUUCGAUAUCACAGGCAUGGGCAUCUCUAACCCCGUGGCUACUUUCUGGACUGCUGCCGAAAUGCUCGCCUGGUUGGGCGAGGAGGAGGCCUCGAAGAAGCUGCUUGUAUGCGUUGAGAAUGUCUGCGAGCAGGGAGUUCUCACUCGUGAUUUGGGUGGAAAGGCUACAACUAAGGAGGUCACCGCGGCUGUUGUCGCUGAGAUCAAGAAAAUGGGUUCCAAUUAG